AUGGUGCUGGUGGAAGAGAUUGUGGAUGAGCCACAGGCAGAGGCUACCUCGGGCUACCCGGGCGCAACUACCUCCUCCAGCUUGAGCCGAGGCUUUCUCGAGAAGGCCAAGGACAAGCCCUUGUAUGGCCCAGAGGGAUCUUCAGAGGGGAAGGUCGACCCCAACACGCACAAGGCGCAUACCGAGCACAAGCUCAACCAGGACCUGAAUGCCGGCAUGAACCGUGGUGCUGCCGAGAACAAUGGCAUUGAGCGACCUCCCUGGUACACGAAGGAGUGGCCCAAGGACUGCCAAUACAACUCGCCUGGAUGUACGCUGGACGACAUGGAAACGUCCAACCACAAGUCGGAUAUUCACAAGGACAUGGUGAGGGGUUCUUCGCGUUGGCACGAUGCCCUUGCGCCAGGCGUUCAGUCCAUGAGAUUCAGCUUUCUGCAGGCAACUGACGAGGACCUGGCUGAAGUCAUCGAGAAGCUGAAAGACAAUGAGGAUGUAACAGAGCUUGACCUGUCACACAACCACAUCAAGGAUGCCGGCAUACAGGCCUUGGUUGCAGCCCUGUCGGGCGGCGCAGCUCCAAAGCUUCGAGAACUCAGAGUGUACAGGCCACUGCUACUGCUCCACCAGCUGCCUAAGGUUCUGGAGCAGCUGGGCCUUUCGAUGAAGGAAGAUCUGAUCCUUCAGAACAUCUGGGAUGCCAUCUUGGAGGGUAAGGACGUGUCUGUCUGCUGCCCGACAGACGCCUGGUCCGAAGCCGCAGUGUUGCCUGCGUUGGUUCGAUGCAAGGAGCAGGACCUGGAUGGCCUCGGCACGUGCACGACCCUGGUACUGGCCGCAAGCCCCGAGAGCGAGGGAUGUCGCAACAUCAUCGGCUGGAGCAAGGUACUUGGAAACAAUGACGGGACGAGCUCCUCACUUCUUAGGCUGCUGGCGCCAACGAGUGUGCUGAAUGAUCUUGGCUUGCCAGGCCAAGACCGUCAAGACCGUCAGAUCAUCUUAGUGGUCCUGCACUCCAAGGAGGAGGACGUGGACACCUUGCGGGAGAGCUUGCAAUUGCUAUCUCCGCCAGCGCAGGUGGUGUUGGUGGUGAAUGAAUGGAACGAUGGCCUGAGGCAGCUUGCCAAGGAGGUGCUAGACGAUCCCGUUGAUGUGAUGAUCCAGCCUGGCAUCAUCCAGAGGAAGCUGAUGCAGCUGCCCUUGCUUCGUACAUGGCCAACAUCAUCUGUCGCUCACAGGACAGGGAACUGCGUGCAGCCGUGCGUGCGAUGCUGCCGAAGGUACGCAAGCGCAAGGCAGGCUGCGAAGAUCGGAACGGUAUUGAGACUGGAGGUGCAGAUGCUGCUGACGAGCAGGAGGAAUCGCCGGAAUCGCUGGAAAACAGUGGAUGUGCGCACUUGCAGUGUUGAGUUGGCGGUCCACGGCCGGCCUGCCGACGAAGAGUCAGGACAGGGAAUGGCGUCAUCGCUCUUUAGCGUUUCGACCGUCUUCGUGGUCUGCGUAUGGGUUGCCAGUGCUGGCCACCUUGACCAACUUCCCCUCGCGUCUCUUGCGCCUGCGCCUUUCCGAGUCGAGCUCCAUGUGCACUUAGAUGGUUCGAUGGACUUCGAGACGCUCCUGGCAAUUUGCAAAGCCAGAGGGGCUGAAUUGCCUGGCAUCGGCAUGCCGAACAGCACGCAUGAUAUCCAGAGAUUCAUGAACACAUUCAGCGGAUGGCACCGCUUUGAUGCGGUUAACAGUAUCAUCGGUGGCAGUGAGUCCUCCAUUAAGAUGGCUGCGGAGGCCUUUGUUAAGUUCCAAGCCCAGUCGGGCGUUGUUUAUACCGAAGUUCGCUAUGACCCAGUACGCCUGGCCAGAAGCAGCCUGGACAACUCCUCCAUAGCAGAGGAGCAGGCAGUCAAAGCGGUUCAAGAUGGUUUGGCGGCUGGAUCCGCCAAACAUGGCGUAGUUGCGUAUCAGAUUCUUUGUGCGAUGAGAGGGGCAAGCUCUCAGCAAUGCUUCCAAACUGCAGAGCUCGCAGCACGAAGUCGUAGCAGGAGCAUGGGUGCCAUCGGCGGCGUUGUUGGCUUGGACCUUGCUGGCGACGAGACUGAUUUUCCAAAUCGGGCGUACAUUGAUUGCUUCAAACAUGCAAAGACGCUGGGGCUGAACAUUACAGUGCAUGCCGGAGAGUUUAACCAGACAAUGGGCAAUGACGUCCAUACCGCCAUCUUUGACAUGGGCGCCGAUCGGAUUGGCCAUGGAUAUGCAGCCGCUUUCGACAAAGACCUCCUUCGAGCACUCAAGGAGCGAAAGGUGCAUGUGGAAGCUUGCCCCAAGAGUGCCUUGUUGCACGGGGCCUGGGCGUUGCAUGCAAUACACAGCUUUAGACAGUACGGCCUUAACUUCGGGCUCAACACAGAUGAUCCCGCAGGUUCGUUCUCAAACACCAGUGCUGCUCAAGAUGAAGCGAUUGUCAUGCAAGAGCUUGCGUUCUCGGCCGAAGAUGUGCGCCUGUCUUACGCCGACGCAUACAACGCUCGCUUUGGUGAUGUGAAGGUGCAGAUGUCCGGUAUCACCAUGACCAUGAAGGUUCCCUGCUUGAUUUUUGCCCUCGAAUGGUUCUUGACCUUGCAAGUCGUGAUUCAGCCGGAUCCAGAGUGCUGGGUAGAGGAGUUCAACGAGAACUUCUGCUGCGGUGACCGCUGGGGUCUCACUGGAAAUCCUGCAUGCUGGAAUGAGGAGUUCACCUACCUUCGCUGUUGUGGCAUCGACAAGUUUCCGCGGAGGCCGGACGAUGACAGCAAGUGGGAGGCAACUGCAGCAGGAAUUUCAAUCGAGGAUGGCAGCGAGUACGACUUCAUAGUUGUGGGUGCCGGCUCAGCCGGCAGUGCUGUGGCGUCUCGUCUGGCUGCAGCAGACACCGUCGAUGGAGAGCCGUGGCGUGUUCUCAUCCUCGAGGCUGGUUCCUGGAGUGUGUCCGAGGAGAUUGCGGAUCCCGACCGCAGUGCACAAAAGAAGGAAUCUUGGUGGCCGGCGCUGGAGGUCAAUUGGAGCGUCGGAAGGGAGGGAAGGACCUGGACCUACGCUACUGGCAGAGGAGUCGGAGGGACGGCCAGCGUAAACUCCAUGAUCUACACGCGAGGAUCCAUCUUCGAGUACGAGGCCUUCGGAUGGUCUGUCGACGAGGUCCUCAGUGCCUUCAAGAGCCUGGAGGCACCUAUGGAGGCGCCUGGCUUCAGACCAGACCCAUAUUACCAUCGGCCACUAAUUACAGGUGCACUCGAUGAUCCAGGCGAUUUGCCAGGCAGCCACCUGACCCUGGUGUCGGCCUUGCCCGAGGAGCUUCCUCCGCUCUUCAGGAACCUCAUCGCAGCCUUCGAGCGCAUUCAUGUGCCCUUCAGGGUGGACCCCCACGGCAACGCCACGAACCACGGCAUUGGCGGGAUGUGGCGAUCCAUGGGCUGUGGGCACCCAAAGUGUCAGCCCACGCGGAUAUCACGAGUGACAGCAGCUCGUGGGAGACCUCGAUCAACCACGUACAAAGACUUGGCAGCUCCCUUUCACCGCUCGCCCUCGCACAGGCUGGAGACGCUGACCCACGCAUUUGCAGAACGCAUCAUCUUUGAUGGCACGAAGGCUGUUGGUGUGGAAAUUUCAGUGACAUCGGAUGAUGCACCACAGGUAGUUCAGCGUCGCAUGCGAAUUCGGGCCAAAGAAGAGGUCAUCAUCGCGGCCGGCGUGCUCGCCACCCCGAAGCUGCUGACCUUGUCGGGCGUGGCCGAGCCCAAGGAGCUUGCUCGCCUGGGUAUACCAGUCAUCGCAAGCUCACCCUCUGUCAGCCGGCACUUCCAUGAGCACGUCGGCUUGUCCAUUGUAGCUCACACCAAUGUCCCGUGUCCAGAGGGCUAUCACCUGAGUGAAGAUGGAAAGACUACCACACAUCUGGGAAACACGGACCAGUUCAUCGGACAACUGUACGCGUUCCUGAAUGCCACUGACAAUCGACCGGGUGAGCCAGGUCCUGUAGAUGCGGAGGUUAUGCUGCUGGAGGGAUGUCUUGAAGGCCAUCUUUCAUUGACCUUUACGAUCAUCCUGCUCCAAGCACGUACCCGUGGAAGGCUGGUCGUACAGUCUCGACACCCCAUGGCCUCGCCACAUCUCGAUUACAAGCCACUGAGCAACAGUGACGACAUUCAGGUCAUCGCGAACACCAUUCGGCUGCUGUACCAGGGUGUCUUCGCCUCAGAGCAGAUGGCUCCCUUCGAGCUAGGCAUCAGUCCUGGCAUGGAGGUGGUAGGGGAUUUCCAGAAGCUGGCGCAGUGGAUCCGGGCCAACAUCUACUACUACUCCCAUCCCACGGGGACCGUGCAUUCGUGGGCAUGUCGUCUCACGCGCCUGCUGCUCUUCCGGCAGGUGACCCCCUCCUACACGGAGGCAGGACAGCUCGACCUUGUGACUUUCAUCACUGGACUGCUUUGCCCAUACAAGGUCCUCUUCGCUGACACUCAGUACGCUCUGCUGGGUGCUGAUCCAGAUGCAUCUGAGAUGGAUCUACGGCAAUGCUUCCUGCGCAAAGCUGUGGAAGUCCAUCCGACCACGCUCAGGCUGCAAAGAUCUGCCGAUAGCGAGGCCUUCUGCAAGGUUGCGGCUGCCUGGACCGAGCUCCGAGAUCUAGGUUCAAGGUGGAGAUAUGACAUGGAGUUGCAAGUUGGUCGCGGACGUGUGUCAGAUGGGAGCCACAGGGCACCCCCCAUGGACCUUGAAAAGGCCUUGGGAAUCUUUGCCUUCGAGACGUGGGUCUGCGAAAAGAGCGCCAAUCAAGCAGCACAAGACUUCGCCCCCGUCCUGGAGCGCGCGCACCAGCUUGUUGAUGAGCAGGGGGACGCGAAGAGAGUCAUGCUUCCGGACAGUCAGGUGACGCCAACAACGGUAGCUUGCGGAAUGGCUGUGUCGGCUGGGCUGCUGGCGGCCGGCUGCGUUGCCAGUGCGGCAGGGUAUCCCUCACUAGGCUCCUGCGUGCGCAAGGGUGCUCUCUUCCAGGGUGCCAGUCAGGCAGUUAGCGGUUACAACGCUUUGCAGAGUGAUGACUUCCAGGCAGCUUGUGCGCGUGUCUCGCAAAGUGCCUCGAAGCUCGGUGCAUCCUGCACCGACGACCCUUUCGCAACUCUAUUCGGUGGGAUGUCGUGCCUCCCACAUAGGCGAUCUCGAGCCUGUCUCUUCCAGGAAGCGGAUGGCAGCGACAGCGAAGACCUCCCUGAUUCCGAUGAAGAGGAUGCACGCGUGAUUCUCCCUGGAGAUACAGUUCGGGUGGUGGCCCUCGAGGGCACCACUGGUCGCCUGGGUCAAGUUCUGAAGGCUCCUGCGCAAGCAGGUGGCAGCUUUCAGGUUCAACUGCUCUCGCCUCCCAUAAGGCUUGAUGCCUCAGUUUCAACGCAAAGCAGCGAAAGGCUCAUCAGCGUCAAGAAGGAGAACCUCCAACUUGCAAAUGAGAGCGCCUGUCCGCGAAGCGGCUCUGAGCCUGUUCUAUCCACAGCAGAGUUUCUGUGA